AUGAGGCAUCUUCAAUUUCUCAUUUUUCUCGUGAUCGUCACUAUCGCGUCUUCUGGAACGAUUCUAGCCGCCACCAGUGAUCCAUUGAGAGUUGCGAAUGAUUUAAUUUACUAUAUGUCAACUUACAUCACGUCUAACAAUCAAUGGAAUUUCCGAAGUUUGUUCCUCUUCAAUCCGUCGAUCGCCUUCCCGCCAGACAUGCCGCUUCACAGAUUCUUCCAUUUGGCUUCCGCCAACGAUAGAUUCCGCUCCAAUUUCCAUAUCGAGCUCUCUUCAGUGCCCCGACGAGGGUUGAGCCCAAAUCGCGUCGAGUUCAAAUUCACAAUUCAUUAUUGCAUUUUGCAAGUGCAAGGAUGUGCUCGACGAAUGUAUACACUGUCGGCGAGAGUCAAAAGGGUCAAUCAUAACGUGGUUGGAUGGGCUUUCGAAUCAUUGACUCCGAUCCCGGCAGGAAAGUAA